AUACAUCACAAGCCACACCCUAUGAUGAGGUAUACUUGACAGCAGCAAUCUUCGCGUACAUCUCGUGUUUUAAUUUCAAAUGAUCACGCAUCUUCACCACUACUGUUCCCUGAUUGUUGGAAGCAUUUGAAGAGAGACUCGGCUGUUUUUCAUUACUCAAGAAGACUGUCUGUGGCGAGGAGCUAAAAGUCACAUAGUUUUGCAUAUGGACUGUUUAUGAUACAAGUGUUCCGUAUCGAAGUACACAGUGUUCCGACUCGCUCAGACUGGGAGUGAUACACGCACCAACGCAACACCAUGGAGACGAUUUCGGCGCUUUGUCCAACGUAGUCGGAGUUGUAACAGUCUGUGUACGAAAGAGAUCUCUUGAAGCUUGUUUCUGUGGACCAUACCUGUGACUAAACUUGACAAUUUUCCACACAAAAUGAUGAGGGUCGUGGAAGCGAUUCCCGAUUAUGGCAGACGAGUCUGCAGGCUGGAGCUUCUGAUCUUGCUAGCCAUAGCGUUCUUGCUGCUUGAAAGAGGACUCUUCCGUUCAGAGGCCGACUCGGAAGACAGCACUGCAGAUUUGAAGGUGAGAUUUCAUUCUCGAGCAGUUGGUCCGUUUGAGACCUUCUCGCCUAAGUAUGUGGAUUCUAGAUUUCACGGCCCUGUAUCCCCUGCACCCCCUGGAGACGACAGUGUCCUACCAUAGCAUUGACGGAUGGGAUGAAGUCGGACUUUUGCUCCUCUGAGUAGGAGAGUACAUACAGACGAUUUGAUGGCAACUUUUGGGUGACAACCAUGCCCACGAAGAUACAGUGGCAUGUGAAGGUUCAUCUGCUUCAGUUUAGCAGAUUGUGGAACAUUAUAAGGAGUUACUGCGGAAGGCAGUAGUAGAUGAUCUAGCUCGCGUAACGGCGUCAGUUCCAGUGAAGUGACAAUGAUUUCGAACAAGUUCAAGGCCAGUAGAGAAUCAUUCAUUGCUUUCAAUAUUUUGUCUGUGGUAAAAAAAUUCUCUAAUAUCAUGAUGUUUUAUUUU